GGCAGUCCGGGCGUCUCAGGCCUGUCAGCUGCCGGAGGCGGACUGGGGCGCCAUGAGGAACUUGCAGCAUAACAGGGCGGAGAACUCCACGAGUCAACGCCCCAGUCGACGUCCUGAAACUGGAAAGCAGAAGAGAAGCUACAAGAAGAAGCCAGUCACUUACAGUCACUGGAGAUGGUCCCAGCGGAAUGGAGCAAGACGACACAAGGCGCCAGCAAAGGGCUUGGUGUCAUUUGAGGAUGUGUCUGUGGACUUCACCUGGGAUGAGUGGCAGGACCUGGAUGACGCUCAGAGGAAGCUCUACAGGGACGUGAUGCUGGAGACCUACAGAAGCCUGGAGUCCUUGGGACACUGCGUGACCAAACCUGAGGUGAUCUUUAAGUUGGAACAAGGAACUGGGCCAUGGAGAGCAGAAGACAUUCCAAAGCAGAGCCGACCAGAUGUCCGGAAAGUAAGGGAACUGAGUGAAACCAACCAGGACAAUGAAGAGAGACACUUGUGGCACUUUGUAAUUACCAACAGCAACACAUCAACUCAGGAGAAAGUUAAAUUAGGAAACAUACUUAAUGUGGGCUCAAACCGUGUUUCAAAUCGGACUAUAAAGAAUGGAAACUCCUCAGGAAUGAGGCCUGUGACACUUGGUGUAUGGCAGAGCGCAUCUCCCUCUAAAGAGCCCAGUGACUUGCCGACUGGAGAGGAACCUGACGGCUCUCUAACCAGCAAGCCCCCCAUGCAUGCAGAGCAUCAUGGGUUGUAUAACAGAGCUCCAGGUACUGGACAGCAUUUUCAAUGUUGUAGGCAAGAAGCAACCUGCAGCACAAAGGCAUUAUGGACGAACAAGGGGUUUCACGUUGCCCAUAGGUCUAGUAAGUUUUCCGAGUCCGAGAAAGCACCUGAUGAGGUAGCCCUUAAUGCCCAAGAGAUGAGUUGGGUAUGCAAAGAAACUUUUGAAUGUAGUAUUUGUAAGGAAACAUUCUGUACAAAGUUUAAGCUCACCAAACAUAAGAAAAUACACAAAGGACAGAAAUAUUUCACGUGUAGGGAUUGCGAGAAAACUUUCAUUAAUACAUCAUACCACAAAGACCAGAGGAUACAUGUGGGAGUCGGGUCCCAUAGAUAUAAACAAUGUGAGAAUUGCUUUCAUCAGAAAAACCAGCAAAGUGUGCACCAGAGUGUCCCCAAAGGAUCCAAACUCUAUGAAAUGUAUCAGUCUGAGCAAAGCUUCAGUGAGAAGCCAAAUCUCAGAUGCUGUCAGAAGACCCGUGCAGGUUAUAAACCCUACAGAUGUAACAUGUGUGGGAAGUCAUUUUACCGGAAGUCACACCUCAGCAGGCACCAGAGAAUUCACACAGGUGAGAGACCCUAUGGUUGCAAAGAAUGUAAGAAAGCUUUCUUCCAUAAGUCCUCCCUCACCAUACAUCAGAGGACUCACACAGGUGAGAAGCCCUAUGAAUGUAAAAAAUGCAGGAAAACCUUCUACUGUAAGUCAGACCUGAAUGUCCAUCAUAGAACUCACACAGGUGAGAAACCGUAUGAGUGUGACGAGUGCAGGAAAACGUUCUACUCUAAGUCGCACCUCAUUAUACAUAGGAAAAUUCACACAGGCGACAAACCCUAUGAAUGUCAGGAAUGUCAGAAAACCUUCAAUCGUAAGUCAAACCUUACUGUACAUCAGAAAACACACACUGGGGAGAAACCUUAUGAAUGCGAUGUGUGUGGGAAAACUUUUCACCGUCAGUCACACCUCAGCAUGCACCAGGGAAUUCACAGCGGCGAGAAACCCUACAAAUGUAAAGAGUGUGGGAAAGCCUUCUACCAGAAGUCGAGCCUCAGCAGGCAUCAGAGAAACCACACAGGGGACAGACCAUAUGCCUGUGAAGAAUGCAGGAAAACCUUCCUCCAUAAGUCCUCCCUCACUGUCCACCAGAGAAGCCACACAGGCUAUAAACCAUACUCGUGUGAGGAGUGCAGGAAGACGUUUUACAGUAAGUCACAUCUCACCGUUCAUCAGAGAACCCACACAGGCGAGAAGCCCUAUGAGUGCAAGCUGUGCAGGAAGGCUUUUCACCAGAAGUCAUACCUGAGCAGGCAUCAGAUCACUCACGAACGUGAGAAACGAUUUGAAUGUCAGGAAUGUAGGAAAAGGUUUUAUCAUAAGUCCUCCCUCACUGUACAUCAGAGAAUCCACCUGAGGGAGCACCUGUGAGUCUAACGUGGGAAGUUCCGUUAGCAGAAACCAUCAGCAGGCAUCAGAAAAGGCACAUAUACGGGGUUUCCUAUAAAUGUGACAGUGUGGACGAUGUUUUUGCAAGAAGGGACUUCACAGGUGUUAAAUUUAUACAAAAAAUUCUGUGUGGCACAAGUUGGCUGUCUUCUCUGGAACACAGUCUCUAUUAUGUGGUCUGUGUGACCAUGUAACAGCCCUACACACACACACACACACACACACACACACACACACACACACACACACACACACACACACACGAUCAUUACUUUCAUUUCAGCCAGUCCCACAGAAAUACUUUUUAAGUUUUUCCUCCUCCCUAAGUUCUCAUGAGCUCUGGACCUGAGAUGUAUGUGACCUGCAAGACAGCCUUGAGAUCCAUUGUCAGAAAGUCCCCGAUUUAAGAGAAAUAGAACUGACUGGAGAUAGCUCAUUUUUAUCCCCAAAUACUCCUUUUUUUUAAAAUCCCCAAUACUUUUUUUUUUUUUUUAGUUUGAGGAAUACUUUCUCAAGCCAUUGGGCAGAUACUUUUAUAAGAAUGCACUAAUUCACUUAAUACAGUUGGAAGAACUUACAUGCUCUUUAAUAUUUCAGAAUUUGUACACAGGGGAAACUUGGGCAAAUUGAGAAUUCUUUAUCAGAGAUAUUUCAUUGAACAAUUUGAAUAAAUCAAAUAGAGUAAGUCAACACACGAAACUUUGAACAAAACUUCCGUGUCAGAAGUCUUUGUAAUAUUAAUAUUAACUUUCAAAUGGAGGCACACACGUGUCAAUAAAUAUGAGUGAUAUCAUUGUCAGAGCACAUUGUGUCUGGGAACAUUUGUGGUUUGUAACCGGAGGUUGGAGUUGCUACUGGCAUGAAGUAACAGGGGCCAGCCGUGCUGUUUAAACAGCCUGUACUACACAAAACAUUCCCUCAUUCAUGUACAGAUUUGGAUACAGAUAUUAAUGGAAAAUUCCUUCGGUGGGACCUAGAUUAAUUAUCAGAAAUGUGUUCACUUUGUAUACGUCUUGCUUUGUUAAACAGGGAGUGAGGCACAAGUGUAGCCCAGUGAUAAAAUGUAUGUGUAACAUUCACGAGACCCUGGGUUUCAGCCUCGAUACAUACAUGCAUAAACUAAAACCGAAAAAUUUAUACAUCAAAUACCGUUCUAGCACAUGUUCAUAUUUUCUCAACUAGCGCACUCUCCCCACUUUGUGCAAGGGUGAAUAAGUGUGUGUGGACAUUGCUGUUUAACUGUCUCUUAAGUAAGCAAGACUUUCUGGUGUGCAAAGCUAAUAUAAAGCCUGCCAGUUGACCUAAUAGAAAUAUUAUCUGUGUAGAAAUGAACAAAUGAAGUCCCUGAAUUGUUCGCAGCUGACGACACUUAAAGAGACACGAACAACAAUUCUUUUUUUUUUUUCUUUUUCCUCUUUUUUUUUCCGGGGCUGGGGACCGAACCCAGGACCUUGCGCUUCCUAGGCAAGCGCUCUACCACUCAGCCAAAUCCCCAGCCCCACGAACAACAAUUCUAAUGUCGGCUUCAGUGCUCUUAGUGAGCAACAAUUCAUUUUGCAUUUAUUUGUGCCGCCCCAUUUCCUACACUCCGCUCUCCACAUGAAACCAAUGAACGGAAGUGGCUGCUCUCGUAGGUUUCUCCAGGAAAUUUAAUUUACCUAGCUCUCCUGGAACACCUCUGUGUCACCGACAGCACAGUUCUUUUGUCACUACACAUUUUGCUCUAGCCCUCAAGAUGUUUUUACCCUACACUCAACAGCCUUGAAUAAAACACUUUUUGUCUAACAUA